GAAAGUGUCCCUGUCCAAGGCAGGGGUUUGGAACUGGAUAAUCUUUAAGAUCCAACCCAAGCCAUUCUGUGAUUCUGUGACUAGAACCCGCUCCUACUCGCCCUUAUUUUGGCAGACCUGCAUUUCCCAAGCACGGAGCACCUCUCGCCUGUAACUCAGGGAGCCUGUCAAGCGCUCUGUUUGCCGCGCCGAAGGCCCGGGAGGUUUUGCUCAGCUCUCCGCGUUCCCUCGCAGAGGCAGAGGGAGCUGUGCCCGGGCGGCUCCGCCUCCCGCGGGUGCCACGAUGAACUGCAGCGAUGCGCGGCGGCUGCAGGCGCUGCUGGGCGCGGUGCUGCGGGAGCUGCGCGGCCACGGCAACUCCAGCGCGGCCCCGCAGGGACCCGGCCCCGGCCCGGGGGCGGACGGCUCGCUGUACAUCCUGCUCAUCAUGAUCUUCUACGGCUGCCUGGCCGGGGGGCUCAUCCUGGCGUACACCCGCUCGCGGAAGCUGGAGUCCAAACACGACCCCUACCACCUGUACAUCGAGCGGGACUGGGGCCCCCGCGGCCCGGGGCAGGCGGCCGAGGAGGGUCCCGAGGGGCAGCGGCUGUGAGAGCGCCGGGACCGGCAGGAGGAAGGGUCUGUACUGAGAGGGCAUCGCUCCUGCUGCCCUCCGGCUUGGGACUACAGCCGGCCAGAGACUGCGGGGGAAGCGAAACCCAUUGCUCUUGGGCAGUGGCACAGCGCUCAGGGCCUGUCGUGCGACAGACAGCAGAGGCACAAC